AUGCCAAAGGUCUCGUCGAAUCCUUUUUUCUGUAAGACCACCGAUUGUACGCUUCAUCGACGCCUGUGCUUUCUUCCCUCUCCUCCUCCCAUUCCAUCUUGCCUUCGUCCAUUCUUCUACACUACUAUCAACCAUCACUUCUGCAUCAUACCCCUCUUAAUUGCUCCAUCUCGGUCCAGCAUCAGCUGCUCCUCAUCGCAACUUACUUCAACGCAUCACUCAUCAGGCUCGCUCCAGACUAUCGCAUCCAUCCGCUCCUCGGGUUCAAUUCGGCAUCGCUCCCUUCUACCACGCCUACAGCAGGCCUUCCACACGACUCGAGCUCAUCGCAUUUGCACGUACACAACUUUUGUCGAUUCAGCCAUCUCCGUCCUCGUGCUCUUCCCUGCUGCCCAUGACAAUUUGACCUAUCGAUUCGAUCACACUCUUGGGCUUCACGGCGAAAGACCCGGCCCAGCCCUUUGCCUUGCGCCCAUCCAGGCACGUCGCAUUCGCUCAGAGCUCCUGUCUUCUUUCCGCAUCGUCUCUGGCUUUAGCUGCAUCUCAGAGCGACCGCACGCUCCCAACAUGUCGAUCCAGCAAGGCCUCGUCUCGCCUCCGCUAUCCGGCAGGACGCACAAGGCGGACCAGCCGCGUGUUCAAGACACUCACAAGUUCGUCGAUGCCGCCGACGUCUUUGGUCGCGUUGCUCAGCACAACAAGCAGGUUUAUUUCGAGCAGUAUGCUCACCACCACACCAUCCGCAGUCCGGUCAAGCCGCACGACGGCAAGCUUUCAGAUGCAGAGCGUGCUGAGCGUCCCCUCACACCGCCCAUGAGCAAGGACGUGCGCCACGACCAGCAGGAUCGUGACAACCACGAUGCUCGUCACCGUACCGACUCGGAAGGCGAUCGCUUCGUCCAACCAGCAUCCUCUUCUUCCUCUCUCACCAUCGACGUCGAGCAGGCGCCUGCGGCUGCUUUUGGUGCUAGCAAGCAGGCUUCCUUCCGCGUGGCCGCCUCGAGGCCACAGCUGAUGCCAGCCGCACCUAUCGGCAACUGCUUCGGUACCCUCAAUCAAGGCGGAGGCUUCGAGUCGGACGACGAGCACAACCCGUUCCUCGACCGUCGACCUGCCGUAGCUUCAUCGUCAACGCAAGCGGCGAGGGACGCGCACCGUUUGCACGCCUACCACGACGAAUUUGAUAGCGAUCAGGAUGCCGAAGGCUCUGUCGAUGGACAAGGCAUUGAAAGCGAACCGCUGCAGGAAGCAACGCCGCGAGCAUCUUCGUCCAACGCCACCACACCACCUCCGCUACGGGCCCGACAGGCUGUCGCGUACCGGCCCGCGCGCCGCUUCUCCGAACGCGUCAGGGUUGACAACGAGUCGGUGGUUUCGACCGUACCCAUCCGCGACACACCCAAGAACCCGUUCCUCGCCGGAGGACCGGCCGACGAAGGAUUCUACGGUCCCAACAGGCAUCAGGCGUAUCGUCGCGCCAGGCAAAUCCCCGGAAAGGAGCGCGGCAAGAUCGCGUACGUUUUCCGCGGUCAGAGGGUCACGUAUGCCGAUCCGGAGUACGACUCGGAUGACGACGAUUCGGAGCUGGAGCAGGAGCGUGCGAGGACCAAUGAGUUCAACCCGCACCACAAUGCAGAACGACCUCCGCGUCUACAGCCCAGACUUCUUUUCCCACCUUCGAUGUCGAUCGAUGCGACUCAGUCCGGCAGCAAACGGGCGCGGACCGAUGCGUCCGCGUCGUCGGUACGAGCCGAUGCCUCGAAGCAGAUGAGCGGCAGACGCGAAGGUGCAUCCGCGGCAGACGUCUCGCGCUCUGUCGAGUGGGUCGGGGACGAGUUUGGCGGUGCAACCAGCAGCAGCAGCUACGGUGAGGAAGAGUGCUACGCCGAUCGACGCACAGGAGGCGGAUUGUUUGCUGCUCAGAUCUCUGCUCAGCAACAGUACAAGCAGCCGUCGUCGCACAGCUCGGAUCAGGCGGAUGAGCGUGAGGACCAAACGGGAGCAUGCUCGCGUCGCUCUUCCAGCUCACAGGAGCGUGGCGAGGCAGUCGCCCCACCGAGCUCGGCUAGGCUUCAGAGCAUCAUACGCGACAGCCACGAUCUCAACGCUGGCGGAGAGGCGAGACAAACAGCCAGAGACGCCCUUCUAGCUCGUCUGGAUCAGACCAAUUGGAGCGACGACGAUGACGACGACGACAAUGACAGAAGCGGCGACGAGCGCGGCCACGUGAUGGCCAUGGACGAGCGAGAAAGGUAUCAGCUACAAGCACAGACGUUGUCGCGCUCGCAGAGUCAGCGGAAGCGGUUGUCGGAUGAACUACGACCGGGACACGAAGCACAGGUGGAUGUGCUAGGGCGACCCAUGAAGCGCUCGCGUGCAUCGUACGCCUACUAG